CCCAAUCUCAGCCCGGUAAAAGCACAAGCCACGUCUCACAAUUUGACCACAGAGGCCUCGGGUGGUCAGCAGAGAAUCACACACAUAUCUUCGCUACUGGCCAUGAUAGAGGAAAGCGUGAAAUGUUCCGCUUGUGCAAAGACCUUCAAUAGGGCCGUGAUCGCCCACAAUUACUUGAUUCAGCUCAACAGACCGAUCCAGUGUGUAUGUGGCUGUGUAAUCUGCCUAACCUGUUACCGCACACAACGCGGUUGUAACCUUCACCAGAUUACAUCUGCACAUGCUUCUGUCAACACUGUGGUGAGUGAGUUGGCCAGUUGUCCUUCUUUGGAACAGCUUGGGGAAUGGGAUCUGGAACCGGACAAGCAAGACUGGUUCUACUCACAGGAAGAAGUCAACAGUGAUGUUCAGAUGAUUCUGGGAAGUGGCUCUCUGGAAACAGAUCUUUUGGCAUCUGCUUUCGAACAUCUCCUCGAAGUCAACGACAGUAUGGCAUUCCGAUACUGGAUAAAUGAACCGCUUCCACAGGACGUGGCCUACAGAUACGUUUGCAUCCCCCAUGUCAAGGGGUUCUGGGAUCACGUCUUUGUGGGACGUCAAGCUCAAGCCACUAGCAUGCAAAGGAUGAUCGUCCCUGACGAACACUUACCACAUCUGUUUAAUGUGCACCUGGACGCACACACUUUUCACUGGUGCUGUUUUGUGCUUAAGAAACAGGUCAUUCUGGCCAUGUGGUGCCAGAAUAUACCGAAGAAGGCAAGUCCCAGAGUGGUCACGUUGGUGGACAGGGCACUGAAGAGCAUCACACAAAGUGUGGCUUUUAAGAAUAUGGUCUUUUACCUAGCCAGGUGGUUUUCGAUUCAGUAUGAGAGACCACAACAGGACAGGCAGUUGAAGGUGGCAUUGGACUGCAAACCAGGUGAAGGUUUCACCUUGGUUCAUAUGUUGGCCUUUAUUGGCGAAAAAUGUGGAGCUGGAAGAGCUAAUCUUAGCCACUUGCAGAAACGUGUUAAGGUUAAUCUCACACACACUUUUAACCAGAGGAGCGCUAACACUUUGUUUGCGUGCCCUCCAGACACAGAUACAGACACAGACGGGCCAUUAAUCGACAUUGUAGAUGAAUACAACCACCGCUGGCAUUCAAGUGACGAGAUUGGUCUCAUUCGUAUCAGUACUAACAAUGAGAACUUUCAAUUCCUUUGA